AGGCUCCAGGCUCCGAGCUGUCAGCACAGAGCCCGACGCGGGGCUCGAACUCACAGACCACGAGAUCAUGACCGGAGCCGAAGUCGCACGCUUAACUGACUGAGCCACCCAAAGCCCCAAGAAUCGCGUGUUCUAACGACUGGGCCAGCCAGGCGCCCUGAUGAUGCUUGUUUUGUUUUUGUUUUUUUGUUUUUUUUUUAUGAUGCUUGUUUAAGCACCCUGAUCUGUGGCUUUUUGCUGUGGCCGCCGAGUGGGCUAAUCCACCCACCAUUACAGCAGAGUGGGCAGGAGUAGUCACAGAGAUGGAGCGCACGGAGUAGGGGUCAGGGGGAGACGUUUAACGUCCAGCCAACAGGUGUCCGAUGCUAUCACUAGACCAGGGAAGUGGUGAGCUGCCUGUCUCGAGGGAUGAACCAACAGAACUGGAAGGGGCUGGAUCACUGUGCCGUGGAAAGAUUAAGGACCAGGGUGGGCUCAAUGAGCCGUGGGCGUCUGUCCCCCUUGGGAUUAGCACCGCUGGGUCUCUGUCAGCAUUCGGGACUCACUGGAGCUGGGGACAUCUGGACCAGGAAGAGGGGAUCCAACAGAGAAGCUGGCCUCUACCCAGAAGCCACAACAUUCUAGUUGUCAGACUGAUGCUGUAAAACAAGAUGGUAACCGCUGGCCACCCGGCCAGAUCCGUGGAACAGGGAGGUGGCCAUAUUAGCAGUCAAAAUAAUUACUGAGCACAGAUAUUGUGCUGGACCCUGGGCUCAGCAAUGGGGACACAGUGGGGGAACCAAACAGACGCAAUCACUGCACUCCAGGAGUCACUGUUCACGAAGAGAAGAAGCAUUCGUCAAGUAACGGUAUAGCCAAUUAGUACUGUGGUCGAGUAGAACGUAGGGCAAAGUUACAAAGACUAAAAUGACCUGAUACUGAUGCCCAAAUACAAGAUUGGUCCAAGAGGGGCGCCUGGGUGGCUCACUUAAGUGUCCGACUUCAGCUCAGGUCGUGAUCCUGCGGUUCACGAGUUCAAGCCUUGCAUCAGGCUCUGUGCUGACAGUUCAGAGCCUAGAAUCUACUUCAGAUUCUGCGUCUUCCUCUCUCAACCCCUGCCACGCUCACACAAUGUCUCUCUGUCUCAAUAAGUAAACAUUUUUUUAAUUUAAUAAAAAAUAAUAAUUAAAAAAAAAAGAAGAUUGGUCCAAGAAAUGAAUCAGGAAGUCCAGGAGCUGACCUGAACACACACACACACACACACACACACACACACACACACACACACACGAAUCAGGCAUGAAUGUCUCUGUAACCUUUGAGAUAUAGGAUGCAUCAGACUUCUUUGUUUUCUGAAUCAUAUUAACUCUGCUUACUGGUGUCCACUCUCUGGGGCUGUGGGUCCCAUAGUGAUCACUUUGUGUGGCUUUCCUUCCCUCGUUGAGCUUGUGCCAAAGUCCCGGGGCUGACCCAGGCUAGAAAAAUGGCAGUGGGUGGAGGUGGUGUCUCUGGCCUUGGAUCUGCCCCGGUCCUCCUUGUCACUAUCAUCAUUUCUGCCACAUAGUGACACACGGCUGGGAGCUGCUUCCCCUGGUGAUAUCCAGUUGUGCCCGAGUGGGGGCUGGCCAUCAGCUCACCGACCAACAUCAGAGAGCAUCCCCCAGCCUGGCUGAGCCUGUCACCUGCAGCAGUCCCACGAUGAAUCUUGCAGGACUGGGGAGAACCCCUGGAGGCCGAAAGGGGCUUGUUAUGAAAAACAAAAACACUAUUUUCGUCUUUACUACUGUGGAGCACUUUGAGGGAACAAAGAUACCCCUUUAGGGGCCUCAUGCCGGGUACCGGACCACAGUAUAUCUCACGGCAGACACAGGUAAGUGAUCCUGGACACACAGCAAACCGAGGACAGUGGGGGUCCUGGGGGCGGGGGCAGGAGACAGAGGGCCGCAGGCACAAAGAGGGAAAAUACAAAAGUAAACUCAGGGCCUUGUGCAGAGCAGUAAUCAGCGUGGGCCACGAACUGAGACGGGAAACAUCAGUGUUCCCGCCGGCCCCCAAUGCCACACAGAUCCACAGGGAGAGAGUCCUGAGUAUGACCAACCUGGAGCCGAUCUCCAGCUCGAGAGGCCACUGCAGGAAGGUUGGGCUCUGUUUUCUCGUCUGUGUAAUGAGAUUAGUCACAAUGCCUGCCCUACUCACUUCUAGAGGAGCUGAGGAGAUGAGUCGAUGAGCAGGAACGUGUCUUCAGAAAGAAGCGAGCUCUCCACCUGUUGUGAUGUUCGCUCUCAACGCCUUUCAAAGGUAGAGGAGAAAAAAAAGCGCAUCAGCUACGUGCCCCAGCUCUCCAGCCCCACCCUGGCAGGGACACUCACCCAGUCUACCUUCACGCUGGAGCAGCCAAGGGGCCAGUUCAGUCGCCUCAACAUCUCCGACUUGGACACCAUCUGGCUGGUGGUGGCCCACAGCAACGCCACCCAGAACUUCGCUGCCCCACAGAGGGUGGAGGACAUCCCAGUCUCGGCUGACUUCAGCCAGAGGGGCUACUAUCUCACGCUGAUGGCCAACCGGUUGCUCUACCCGGGCAACCAGCCUGGCAACCAGCUCCGGGUCCUACGCGUUGGCAAUGAUACCCGCUGCUCCCCUAAGAGGAGAGGCUGUAACCACCCCCUGCCGGGCCCCGGCCCCUAUCGAGUGAAGUUCCUGGUGAUGAGUGACAGGGGACCUGUGGCUGAGACAGAAUGGUCCAGCGAGACCCGCCUGCAGCAAGCCAAGGCACUACAGGCUGUCCCAGGACCCCAAAGCGCGGGCACCGUGGUCAUCAUUGCCAUUUUGUCGGUCUUGCUGGCUGUCCUUUUCACUGCCCUCCUUGCUCUGCUUAUCUACACCUGUCAUGACACCUGCAGGAGCGCUCCCAUUUCGGGCCCAGAGCAGUCGACUUGCGUGAGAAGAUACAACACCCACCACGUGACUGACCCCCCAGCCGUGGGGGCCUCAUGAGGGGUCCGCACCUGCCCCUCGGCCUCCUCCCUGGUCCAGGCCGCAGAUCCCGGGCUGGGAGCAUGCCCGGAAGCUUCUGGAGCCCUGGAAGAGAGUGUUUCCAAGGGAGGGUGAGGGGAGAGUGUCCUUAGCCCAAAAUUAGGCCUGUCCCUGUCAGAAAUAAAUGUGCCCAGCAGCCCUGCA